AUGCGGUUGGUCAACCUCAGUAGCGAGCUUGACGUUGCGAAAGGUGCUCUUGAUGCCGUUUUUUAUACACUCAAUGUGCAGUCCGAUGGAUCGGAUGGAUCUGAGUGUCGGCGCCGAGAUUCACACUAUAUCCAAUCGCUCCCAAGAUAUUUGGAACAGUUACUCAGCAUCGAAAGGAUUCUCUCUUCUGUCAAGUUCAAGCUGUCAUAUGAACGAGAUUUCGUUCAUUCCCCCAUCAGUCGCCUUCCUCCCGAAAUUUUGGCAUCCAUAUUCGUUGAGCUUCAUAAUAGUGCCGCCGUCUCCCAGGACGGUGACCCAACGCGAGAUAUCUCCCGGCUUCCGACCGUAUCCAAGCUAUGGCGCGAUGUUGCUCUGGGAGAUAGCAGACUAUGGACCGUCGUUCACGUCGAAUGGCCGGUCGAAAGACAGGACCUUUGGCUUCAACGUUCCUGGAAUCGCCCCCUCACCAUAGUUGCGGAUUGUCCGAACGAAACGGAAGCUAGCGUUCCUUCGAAAUUGGUAAUUUCGCAUCGGGUUGCGCAACAAUCUGGACGAUGGAGGGCUAUUCAUGUCAAGGAUUUCAACCAGGCCGAUGUGGACGCAUUUCUAACUCCUUUCGUCUUCCAGUCCAAAGACUUGUCGUCGCUUGAGGAGUUAGUCCUUGAUGCUGGUGAUUGGUUCUCCUGGCAUCGUGGGGAUUUUAAUGCCCCUCCGUUCACUCUUUUGAAUCAGAACGAGAUGACCCUUCCACCUUUUCGACUUCUUUCGCUGAGGAUAUUCGCAAUUCGUCUUCCAAACCCAGAACAACUUGUACGAUCUCUCACUCAUCUCCAAUUCACCGGCACACCAUAUCCUCUCAACGUCCUCGCUCGAGUACUGAAGGAAUGCUCCUCCCUGGAGUCCUUGGAACUCAUAGGAUAUUUCGUCCAUCGAGAAGAGAUACUUGCUUACGUUGCCGCAUCCGCUCGAACCGCCAUGGGCGACAAAAUAUAUCUCCCAAGAUUGAAGAGAAUGUCCGUUCGGCUGAGCGGGUGGAACAACGCUCUUCUUGCAUUUCUAUUCGUGAACAUAGUUAGCCCGGAAUUAGAGGAAUUUUCCCUGGAUGUCAAAAGGCAGUUUAUAGAGAGUCCGAGAAACACGAGAGGCGUGCCUAGUUUUGAGCGAUUCUGCAUGAACAGCCCGAAGCUCCGGAACCUUGCCCUCUUGUACGAUACGACAGUUAUAUCAGACAUCCUUUUCUCUCUUCCGACCGAAGCUUUCCCUCACCUUCAUACCCUACGGAUCGACUGCUUAGACCCUCGAUCGGCCAAUGAGGCACAGUCCAUGUCCACUCAUUUUGGCAUGGACUAUACAUCUCACCACCGAAGAAGAGGCUCUGGGUUCGGUUUGGGAUAUGGAUAUUAUCCAAUCUGCGAUGACCUUGAGAGGUUUGUCGGGGCGCGUGCUGAUUGGAGAGGUGGCGCAAUGCUCCGGGAUAAUGGGGGGAUAGUACCCAGAAGGUUGGCCAAGCUUGUCUUAGGAGAGUGUCCGGACGAGCGGAGAGCUUGGUUAAGCGAAAGGGUAGACGAGCUGGUGCUUCAGCGGACCCUUGAUGCAAAAAGGAGGUCAAGAUCGGUCAUGGGUCGAAGGUAG